UGGCAUUAGUAAUAACAAUUGGUGCGACAACAACGAUAACAUCAACAUUAGAACCAUAAGAAGAAUAAGAAUAGCAAUGAUAAUAAUAGUGAUGAUAAUGAUGAUAAAGAUAGUAAUGAUAAGAAGAUAAAGACUAAAAGUUUAUUGAUAACGAUAAUGAUAUCAAUAACUGAUAACAAUAAUAAAAACAAACUGACACUGAUGAUAAUAAUGUCGAAAUAUUACAAAUAAUGAUGAAUAUGGAUGACAUAACCGUUACGAACUCCCCCAGUAACAAUCUAAUCCCAGUAAGCCUUAAAACUGUACGUCACUUUCACUAGGCCUCCGGACCAGUUUCGGGAUAAGUGAGAGUUGACAUCACCAGCUGAUCUCUGGGCGUCUCCGUUGACAUCAGCUGUUCUAUGGGCGGUUUCCCUUGACAUCAACAGUUGAUUUUUGUUUGUAUCCGUUGAUAUCACCAGCUGUUCUAUGGGCGGUUUUCCUAGACAUCAACAGCUGAUCUCGAGGCAUUUGAAGUACUUCGUGACCUCUGCGAUCAAAAAAAAAAGAAAAAAAAUCCGUGAAACAGGGAAGGUGUUUGUAACUGUCAAACGCUUUUAAUUCCAAGAUAAUCAUUUAUCUUGAUUAAUUCCAGAUAAUGGUGGUCGUAAUCUCAAGGGCACUGCAGUUGAAAGAGAAAAAAAACAGUUAAUUCUCUUCGGGCAUUUUGUGGCAUCAACUACGUCGAACAAAGAUGGGAUCUGCAUUCCUGGAGGACCCCGGCGUCGAGGACUACCUGGGCCUCGACCUGACCGCCCUCGAAGUCGACCAGGCUUACCUCCGCCUCACGUCAGACGACCCAAGAACACUAAGUCUAUACACCCGCAACGGAGACUGCUACGGGUGCCCACUACAGAAGCGAGACAUAAGCGUGACAGCAGAAGGCACGAACAUCACACUCCACACUGCGCAUGCGUGGACCUUCGUUCUGAGUGACGCAACAACAGACUAUUUGCCUGAGAUAGACGGAAGUGUUUGCCCGGUUACGGAAGCUAAUCUUGGCGAGUUUGGUGUUUACGAACUUGCUCUCGAAAAUAACACGUGUACCUUUUCCACACUCAAGGAUCCCGUGUUUGAAUAUGGAGCCAUCGUGAUAGCCCUGGCAGUUUACAUGGGGCUAGCCAUCCUCUGCGCCAUCGCGACGCAGGUGUACAAAAAGGGUGUUCAGUCCUUGUUCAAAUCAGGGGUGACGGAGGCGACCAGCCAGGUGGUGCUCCAGAUGGGCGAGUCGAGCGAGAGCGCAGCGCCGCCCACGCCGGUCAAGGCAGCGAAGAAGCCGAGGCUCAAGUCACUCGAUACCGUGAGAGGGAUUAGCAUCGUGGUCAUGAUCUUCGUGAACUACGGCGCCGGCAGAUACUGGUUCCUGGAGCACGCGACCUGGAACGGACUGCAGGUGGCGGACCUUGUGUUUCCUUGGUUUCUGUGGAUCAUGGGCGUCUGCAUUCCCAUGGGCCUCCAGUCAGCUCUCCGCCGGAACGUGCCUAAGAAAAAGAUCCUGUUCAGAAUUGUCAAGCGCUCCCUAAAGCUCUUCCUCCUGGGCAUCGUCCUCAACUCCCUGGGCGGAUGGGUGUACCUCGACCGCUACCGCAUCCCGGGCGUGUUGCAGCGGUUUGCAAUCUGCUAUUUCGUGACCGCGGGCGUGGCGCUGGCUCUCUCGCCCAAGGAACCGCCGCAGUAUCAGAGCAACGUGGGCAUCGCUCUCUCCGACAUCCUGCAGCUCCUCCCACAGUGGUUCGUUCACAUCCUCCUCGUCGCUGCCCACACUCUCAUCACCUUCUUCCUGCCUGUGCCCGGAUGCCCGACAGGCUACCUCGGUCCCGGGGGCGUCGCUCUCCUGCAGGACGGAGAACCGAGUCCCCAGUGCAUAGGCGGCGCGGCUGGAGAGGUAGACCGCUGGCUCCUGACGGCGUCCCACAUCUACCAGAACCCGACGGCGAAGGGAGUCUACUCGGCGGGGGCUUUCGAUCCUGAGGGAGUCUUAGGUUCCUUAACUUCGAUCUUCCAAGUGUUCCUGGGCAUGCAAGCCGGUAUGGUGCUACAGUGCCACAAGAGCCACCGAGGCCGUAUGGUGCGCUGGUUGCUGUGGUCGGUGGCCCUCGGUGCCAUUGGGACGGGGCUGUGUGGUGCCUCCAUGAACGAUGGUGUCAUACCCGUCAAUAAGAAUUUGUGGUCCCUCUCCUUCGUUAUGGUGACGUCAUGCUUCGCUUUCUUCCUGCUGGCCUUCUGCUAUCUGCUGGUCGACGUCUGGGGCGUGUGGAGUGGCGCGCCGGUCUUCCAAGCAGGCAUGAACAGCAUUUUCCUAUACGUGGGUCAUAACGUCGCCUACAACCUGUUUCCUUGGCACUACAGCAUCGGCCAUAUGAACACUCACCUGGAAUUCCUUGCUGAGACGCUGUGGGGGACGACGCUGUGGGUACUUAUCGGUCUCUAUUUACACCACAAGGGCAAGUUCUACACUGUGUAAA